GUUGCCACAAACAAACUAAAAUUACAGUGGACGGAAUAUUUCAGAAGUAGGGUAUUUGUGCUGACAGCUAACAGUACGGUCUGGAUUCUAUAGCAAAUUUCCACGCAUAGCCGGUGAAGAUGACUAUUACUAACCUGUUUAUAGUCCUGAAUCUGGGAUGUGAGAUGCUGUAUGUAAUUGAUCAGCGCUUGAAGGCACAGACAAUUCCACUCGAUAAGUCCGCUCAAGUGUUGCGUGAAAUCACCGAGGUGUUACUGGAUCCUAAAUUUCUUCAUUACAUUUCAACUGCCUAUCAGCGUAACAUGCUUACCGUCCAACAGACUCGAAUUCUACUGACUGAUAUUGCGUGCUGCUCACUAAUGCGCCUCGACGUAAGUUCCAUGGACAAGCUGUGGGAUUUAAUGAUAAUGAUUUUUAAGUGGCAAAUGUAUCUCACGAAUAAAAGUCCACAGGCAUUAAUGGAUCUCACUUUUCGUCAUCUGGAUGGUAUCGGGCGACUUAUCCCGGAAAUGAGAAAGCAAAUAAUGAUCGACAACGUUAAGAAAUCUUUAAUCGAGAUGUGGGAACCACUUUGUGAGGAUGAUCAAAUAAUUAUACAUCGUCGUGUUUAUAAAUGGCUUAAACCAUAUGCAACUAAAAUUUCGAUUUUGAUUAGAAUGGGUUUACAAAAGCAAGAUGGAGAAUUUGAAACACAACUGCAUAACAAUGUUUUCUAUAAUUAUUACAUCAAUAAUAUUGGAGAGAAUAUUUACGCUAAAACAGCAAAUAUCCAAGAUUUGAAGGAGCAGGUAGAUCAAUCAGGAAAAGGAAGCGUAACGUCAGAUCAGCAGCCUAUUGAAAGUCAUGAAAUCGAUACGCUUGUUCAACAACUGAACAUACAGCAUAAUACUAAUGAAACUCCGGAACCAGAAAUGCAUGCGACAGAUUUGCAGAGAUCAAAUUCUGUUCAUACGGCACUGCACGAAAUUAUAAUCAAUCAGAACGAAGCAACUGAGUCGAAAGCAGAUGGACCUACAACCAGUGAUGAAAGUAAUUUGGUAAAGUUUAUGAAAAAAAUAAAAAUGGAGACCGAUGAAUUGGCAGUAAUGCAAGUAAAUGCAAAAAAUUUGAACGAAGAACUUCUCAAAAUGUUUGAGCAGAAAAUAGAUUAGGAAAAAUAGUUGUGUGGUAAAAUAGAUACAGCCAAAGAUACAAGAUGUAGAAAAUAUAUGAUAUAAUGUGAAUCCAAGAGACACAUUACUUUGAGAAUGUGCAAUGAAUAUAAUUUAAAGCAGAAAUGCAAUUCUUUGUCCUGGCUAAUAAACGUAACGUAAAAUGUACACUAUAUUUUGUGUCA